AUGGCAUGGUUGCGUAUUCAGCGUAUUCAACUCCCGAAAAAUAUCACUUUGGCGGAUCCCGAAUUUCACAAGCCAUCUGAUAUUGAUAUUCUUAUUGGCGUCAAACUCUUCUAUAAACUCUUGUGUGUCGGACAAAUCAAAUUAAAAAAGCAUGCUGAAGUUGUGCUUCAAAAAACUCAGCUCGGUUGGAUCGUAGCGGGUGAAAUAAAUGGCCCUUUUCCCACAAAAGAAGUUCAGUGUCAUCUCGCGAUAAACUCAACACCUCUCGACUCGAGUCUCACUAAAUUUUGGGAAGUUGAGGAAAUUCCCAGUUCCAAAAUUCUCUCAAUGGAAGAAAAGGCGUGCGAAGCACAUUUUGCACAUAAUACGCAACGCAAUAGCGAUGGGAGAUAUAUUGUGAAACUGCCAUUCAAUGAAAAUAAGAGCAAACUCGGAGAUUCGCUCCCUAUGGCUUCACGUCGUUUUAAAUAUUUAGAAAAUCGGGUCGCACCUGUAAGCAGCAACACUAUGACAUUACCGCGCCUCGAAUUAUGCGCGGCCCUUCUACUAUCGCAAUUAGUCACAGUUUGUAAGAAAGCUCUUCAAAUUGACACCCAAAAAAUUGUUCUCUGGUCAGACUCUACCAUAACUCUUCAGUGGAUAAAAACUGAACCACACACUCAACCUGCCUUUGUUGCCAAUCGAAUCGCAGAAAUUCAGAAACUUACUCCAUGUUGCAAGUGGAGUCACGUUCCCUCUGAAAACAACUGCGCCGAUUUGGUAUCGCGAGCCGCGGCAAUUCACGUGAAAGUGGUACUUGAAAGAAAGAAGCUUCUCGAAAAAUAUAGUUCAAUGACUAAACUUCAGCGCCAUAUCGCUUAUCUACUUCGUUUUAUACACAGUUUAAAGAACAAAACCAAUCAAUAUAUUGGACCUAUCGCUGAAGCAGAACUUGAUGCUUCAACUCGACGCAUAAUUCAGCUCACGCAAUCAACUGAAUUCUCGAUAGAAAUUAGUCAUGGAAUUCUCGGGGUUGGCGGUAGGCUAGUGCAUUCGGAUCUGUUCUACGAUCAAAAACAUCCCAUUCUAUUGCCGUCAAAUCACCACAUUACUCGACUCAUCAUUCGCGAAGAGCACUUGCGUCUCAAACACUCUGGCACUCAAGCCACCUUAUAUUCGGUUCGCGAACACUAUUGGCCACUAGACGGUCAUAACGUAACCUGUCAAAUCAUUCAUCAAUGCGUGCCGUGUUUUCGCGCUAAGCCGCGAAGCGUAGAUUACAUGGUGGGGGAUCUUCCUCAGAAGGGAAAAUCAAAGCUAAUUUAUUCCGAUAACGGAAAAAAUUUCGUCGGUGACAAUCGCGAACUUAAUGAGCUUAAUCAAUUGCUUCUCUCGGCUGAACAUAAUAAAAACGUUCAGCAAUUUUUGAUGAAUGAAAGAAUCACGUGGCAUUUUAUACCUCCUGGCGCACCACAUUUCGGUGGUCUAUGGGAGGCUGCUGUGAAAUCAUUCAAGCACCAUCUUUUGCGCACGGUCGGAGACACGUUACUUACCUAUGAGCAGCUUGAAACUUGCAUAAUCGAAAUCGAAGCAAUUUCAAAUUCUCGCCCCAUCUCGCCUAUUUCUUCCGAUCCAAGUGACCUACGUCCUUUGACUCCUGGUCACAUCCUAAUUGGUGGUCCAUUAACGAGCCUCCCACAGAUAAAUCUCUCGGACACGCCUGUCAUUCGCUUAUCGGUCUGGGAACACACUCAAAAAAUGCGGGAGCAUUUUUGGGAAAGGUGGAGCAGGGAAUAUCUUAAUCAGCUCAUCGUUCGCAGCAAAUGGCUAUUGAAUUCCAUUGAAGACUGUUAA